AUGGUUAUUGUGGGUGUUGGGUGUGGCGGUGCUCACGGUGGUAAGUUCAUCAACGGUGCGAAGGGGUGGAUGAUAAAGAAAAGGUCGAAGAAGGUAAUAAAGAUUGGAGGGCACAAGAGACUUUUUGAAGUAUGCAAUGAGAUGGUAGCUUUGAUGACAUCUAACAUUGGGUCAACAUCUUCAAAGCGUCUUGCUUGUUACUUUCAUGUGGGUGGGAAGUUUGCAGAAAAUGGUGAUGGUGAAGUUAAGUACUAUGGUGGAACUGUCAGGGUAAGAGUGAUCAAGGAGGGUAUAAGGCUUGAAGAUUUGAGGGUUAUGAUAGGAGAAUGGUUUGGUGUAGAUAGUAAUGGUUGCGACAUUAAAUACACAUUGGGCUUGAAUGAUAGGAUAUUAAUAGAUCUUAUUGAUGAUGAUGAAGUUGACAACCUAUUUGAGUAUAAUGAUAGUAAUGCACAUGUAUACGUAGCAGCUAAAGGUAAUGAGAAUACGGAGGAAGAAGUGGCUGAUCGAAACAGCAUGUCAAAAUUGUCAGGACUGUCACAGCAAAAUGAUGAGCCAAUGAUUGAGGAUGCUGUCGAAUGUGUGAAUUACAUAGCAGCUGAAAAUGUUCUUAGCCUGCCAUAUGCAGUAGAGAGUGCACCAACUCCUUUGCCAGGAAUGAAUUCCCUGAAAUGGAAAACAGUAUUGUUAGGAUUGAGGCAGACUUUUCCAGAUGCGGAUGAUUUCAAGAAGAAACUACACAAAUUCAGCAUUGCAAACAAAUUUGAGUAUAAAUAUGUGAAGAAUUCUAAUGCCCAUAUGUAUGUCAAAUGCAAUGUUGAAGGUUGUCCAUGGAGGAUCAGUGCAAGAGCAGCUGUAAAGAGUACUCCAGCAUUUUUACGUGUAACGACAUUCAAAAAUGAGCAUGUUCAUAAUGCCCAAGACAAUCUUCAUGUGACACAUGGUAGAUCAACUAGCUUGACAUCAUCAAUUAUAAUUGAAGAGGUUAGGGAUCAUAUAGACAUGCGUCCAAAUGAUAUAAAAAAGAGGUUGGAAAGAGAUUAUGGUGUGAAGUUGACAUAUAAGCAAGCAUACAGGGCCAAGGAAAAAGCGUUGGAGGACAUACAUGGCAGACCUGAUCAUUCUUACAUGCUUAUUCCAUGGAUAUGUGACCGGUUGAAGGAAACCGAUGACAAAACAGUGGCAAAAUGGGUGGCUGCAAGGAACAACAGAUUUGAGCGUGUAUUCAUAGCCUAUGGGUGUUGUAUAGAGGGUUUUAUUGCUGGUGCUAGACAUGUACUGUAUAUUGAUGGAAGUCAUUUAAGUGGACCGUAUAAGGGGACACUACUUUCAGCGUCGGCUUAUGAUGCGGACAACGAAUUAUUACCUUUUGCCAUUGCGAUUGUGAAGGGAGAGACGCUUGAGGAUUGGACAUGGUUCUUACAUAUGAUCAAGGAGAUAAUUGGGUCAAUGCAAUUAACAAUCAUUUCAGACCGACACAAUGCAAUUAUAGGUGCUGUGCAAGCAAUAUUCGGAGGUGAGCGACAUGCGUACUGUUACAGACAUGUUAAGGAGAAUUUCAGUACACAAAUGAUCAAGUUAAAUAGAGGAAGAAGGAAGACAAGUGGCAACACAAGGGAGGAUGGACUAGGGGUGAGCAUUCGGUUAUUCGGUUCGGUUAAUGCAAAUAACCGAAAUAACCGAAUAACCGAAUAUUACAUAUAA